AUGGUUCGGGCUAUUAUUCCCUAUGUCUUUGAAUUUAAGGCCUAUACUAAGGCCCGUUGGGUUGGCCAAACACUACUAGAGACCAUGGCUAAUGAGUUCAAGCGCCGAUCUCUUAAAUAUUUUGAUCUCGCCAUCAGAAUCGGUGCGAUCAGAGUGAAUGGCGCUAAAGUUGAUAUAAAUUACCGUUUAAAACAUAACGAUUUAAUCACUAACUUAGUGCAUAGGCAUGAACCACCUAUUCCUGAUGGUAAUUUAGUAGUGGUUCAUGAGAAUAAAGAUUUACUGGUUGUUGAUAAGCCAGCGGGUGUGCCUUGCCAUCCCAAUAGUGCUUAUGCCAAGAACAGCUUAACUGAAAUAGUCCGGGAACAAAUGGGCUUAGAGUUUAUUAGUGCUAUUAAUCGCCUGGACAGACAGACUUCUGGUUUAGUUAUUCUGGCUAAAUCAGAACGGGCUGCCGCCGAGUACCACCAAACACUUAUGGAAGGAGUAGUAGCUAAAUGGUACGUCUGCCGAGUGAGUGGUGAAUUCCCAGAAGGACCUGUCAUUGUUGAUUUACCCUUAGUUAUUUCUCGUGAAGACUGUCUAACCACUAUCUAUACUCAAAACGAACAAUGGAUAGGUCGAACUAGUCGAACUGCCUUCUGGCGACUGGCCAAAGAAGGUCAAGAAUCAGUCCUUCUCUGCCGUCCUGUCACCGGACGUACUCACCAAAUUCGUGUCCAUCUCCAAGCCCUUGGCUACCCCAUUGCCAAUGACCAGAUUUACUCCCAAGGAUACAUCCCACCCCAAGCCAUUCAUAGCCUAUUACAACCACAACCAACUCAACCUAAUCCCACCUCAACACCACCAACACCAACACCAUCUCAACCUAAACCAAUCCAUAUUACACCUGAACUUUACUUCGCCCUCGGACAACAAUACGGCAUUGCUUUUACUCGUACUCGGGCUUACUCCCUCUUCAAUUCAGAUGACUGCCGCAUAGACGAGUUCUUAGAUAAUAAUGAUCUUCUGGAGCAAUGCACAGCUACUACACCUGAACUAUUCAUUCUUGAAGCAUGCAUGCACUGCCGGCAUUUAGCCGCUACCCAAACUCUUCCUCGCUUUUCCAUCCUUUAUUUACACGCUAUGCAGUACACUAUUAAGGACCAAACAUGGACUACCAACCCGCCAAAAUGGACAAACAUUUCCUUAGAUGCUUUUGAAAAGGCCAAAGAACAUUUAUUAAUCGCUAUCUCAUCUUAA